AUGGUGAAUUGGAAGUUUGCCGCCAUGACACUCCCUGCUCUGAAACAAGUCCUGCCCCAGUACGCCCAGCGCUUUUUUUCGGUUGGAACUGAAUCCGUGUUCAAACCUGAUGCGAGCAAAACCUGUCUGAAAUUCAAUGAGAAAGAUGAUGACGAACCAUGCUGCGGCUGUUAUGAAAUGGAUUGGUAUUAUGGCUACGGCGAUAUUCCGCCGUACGAUGGUUGUGAUGCCUGCGCCACCACUGACACAGUUUGCACCUGGCCCGAUGGGUACAAACGAGGUACAGACUUUGACAGCGCCAGGUUCUGCUCUACUCAAGGUUUGAGUUCGAAACGUGAUGUUAUCGCCACGGACAAGGAUGACACUCUCGCGGACGACGAUGACACUGAUGGGGACGAGGGCCUUACACUUUACGAACGGGAUUACAAUCCAAACAAUCCUACUGCAACAAUUUCCAGGAAGACGGUAAGUCUAUGUACCGACAAGUACAGCGUGGGAAAAGACGGUCGAUAUCCUGCAUUUCCCAAGCUAGCGGACCGGCCUUGGGACGGCAUAGAGAACGGAAGAUGGGAAACAAUCUCGAAAUACUGGGGAAACACCUCAGAAUCAUGCACGGACUGGAGUGUCGACGCCAUCUUUCCUCAUGACAAUCGGUCGACUCCCAGAGGCUUGAAAAGAGCCCGCUACGAAAAACUGACCUUGUACACAGCGGAGCAUGUAUUCGAAGGUCAAUUAAUGGGUGACUUCUUUACCUGGUGGCUGAACAAGGGAACCAUUAGGGACCAAAUUCCACCUGCAAUCAAUCCUACCCAAGUCAUGGGCUGCUCUCAGGCCAAGGACUAUGUUACAGCUGACGACAUCCAUUGGAGUGGUGCCAACAGCGACUCCUUCUUUGACCAUAUGCUGUUCGAGUUGGGUAGCAUAGGUCAUCUGGACCGUCUGACUAUCUUCCUGGGGCGGCCAAAUGGAAUGAAGGGCGCGAUGUUCAAAGGAAUUGCAGCCAUAUCAACGUCCUCUUCAAGAACGGGAUUUUCAAGCAAAGAUGCCGACGCGCAACUCCAGUCAGUUAAAGAAAUGGGCAUGGUGUUUGAAUAUCUCAACAAUCCAAAGGUGUGGCAGAACUUCUGUGCCACCUUCGAAGCGGUAUAUGAUCUUUUGGGUGAAUUCGAUGACUACCAUGCCCAACAAGGCACUGGACUUCCUGCCAUUCAGCCGGAGUGGCCCAAAUAUAUCAGGACUACUCUCAAAUCCAUCAGUAAUCGUUCGGGAAUUGCGUUGUUUAACUACUUCAGACUCAGAGCUCAACCUAACAACGCUUAUUUCAAUACACUCUGGAUGAUAAACAUGAGAGUUAACUACGGGAAGCUCUCAUUUACUGGAACAUGCCCACACCUGCCAUGA